GCUUCUAAUACCGCAGUAACGGUCAGAAAGUCCGUAGUGUAACGUGCAAUAAUAAACAAGGUCGAAAACAUGUUUGUAACGCCUUCAAUUUUUCUGUGGUUAGUAGCCAUCGGUCUGAUCGUUCAUAUGUGUUACAAGUUCCUGUUCGGAAAACCACCAAAUUUCCCCAGUGGACCUCCCAGACUUCCACUCGUCGGUGGUUACGGGAUUAUGCUUCUGAUUAACUAUCGCCAUCUGCACAAAGCUGCCGCUAGGCUCUGCGAGUACUAUAAAACAAGCAUGCUUGGUGUGUAUCUGGCCAGCUACGAAACCGUCAUCAUAAACGAUUUCGAUAUUGUCAAGGAAGUGCUGAAUCGGUUGGAGUUUGACGGUCGACCCGAUCUGUUCUUGGCACGCUUGCGAGAGAAGCACUUCCAGCUGCGCGGAAUCUUCUUUACCGAUGGGCCGGACUGGAAGGAGCAGCGUCGAUUUAUUCUAAGAUAUCUGCGAGACUAUGGCUUUGGUCGACGCUUCGAAUUACUGGAAGCGGAGAUCAGUGCCGAAAUUCAGACACUGAUCGAAAUGCUCAGAUAUGGGGGCAAGUAUGAGCACGAGAACGAGUUUAUGAAAGACGGCUACGUCAAGUGUCCGCAAGUGUUUUUCGUGUGCUUUGCGAAUGCCUUUCUUCAAGUGGUCAGCGGCGAGCGAUAUGCCCGCAACGAGGCGAAACCCGUGUUUGAAGCUGGCAAGCACGCGAUAACGUUUCAGCGUCUUGGAGAUGACUUUGGAACAAUCCUCAGUUUGGUCCCGUGGCUGAAGACCUUUUUCCCCAACAUAACCAACUAUAACAAACUUCGUGAUGCGAGUAUGGGAGUAAGUGAGUUCAUCGAAUCUGUCAUUCAGAAGUAUCUGGUGACCCAUGAUGAAAACCAUACAAGGUGCUUCUUGGACCUGUACUUCAACGAAAUGCGCAAGACCGGCUCGAGAAACGGCAAUGGCUUCAGCUUUCAAUACGACCAACUGGUUCUCGGAAUUGUGGACUUUUUCUUCCCGGCAAUCUCUGGAGCUACCACCCAAAUCGCUCUUCUGUUGGAGCGACUACUCUUGCAGCCCGAAGUUAUCGAGCGAAUGCAAGCGGAAAUCGAUGACGUCGUUGGCAGAGGCCGUUUCCCUUCCCUGGACGAUCGGAUCAACCUGCCCUAUACGGAAGCAACCCUACGCGAGGGAAUGCGUAUCGAUACGUUAGUUCCAUCGGGGAUCGCUCACGUGGCCCUGGAAAACACAACACUGCGCGGUUACGAUAUUCCAAAGGGGACCAUUAUAAUGCCGGCAUUAGGUGCCAUUCACAAUCAGCCAGAAGUUUGGGGCGAUCCGUACCAGUUCCGACCGGAACGUUUUCUGGACGUCCGGGGAAAAUUGUCGCUUGCCAAAGACGUUUCCGUGCCCUUCGGCGCUGGGAAGCGACUCUGUGCUGGAGAAACGUUCGCUAGGAACACGAUGUUUCUGAUAGUCUCAGCGGUAGUACAGAACUUUAAUCUGAAGCAACCACCCACCGAUCGGUUGCCAGAUCUCAGCAAACGGAUGACAGGCCUGAUAAUAACGCCGCGGGACUUCUGGCUGAAGUUUGAACCACGAUAGAUGACGGUCUAUAGUUUUUGCGUGAAAGUCAAUAAAUACGCAAGAUAAUAA